CAUGAGCCCGGGCUGGGAAUGGCAUCCGUUCCCAGUGUUUGUAAGAAGGUCGGACCGGUGGAGGAGGAGAACGGAGAACCGGACCAUUCUCUGCAAGAGAUGUUGAAGGCGAUCGCCGACGAACGUAACCGUCUUACUAUCAGACAAGAAAUUAGUGGACUUGGGUGUUUUAAGGACGACCGCAUCGUGUUCUGGACAUGGAUGUUCUCCACGUACUUCAUGGAGAAGCUGUCGCCGCGGGAACAGGACGACAUGUUAUUUUACGUCCGCAGGAAGCUGUCAUACGUCAGCCCCGACCAAUCAGAAGGAAAGAAGGUAGAUGUGGAGGUGUACAGGAGAGACUCUAAGAGGCUUCCUGGUUUAGGAGAACCUGACAUCGACUGGGAGGAGAGUGUUUACCUGAAUCUGAUCCUAAUGAAGCUGGACUAUGUGGUGACGUGUGCCGUCUGCACGCGCUCAGAUGCAGGAGACAUUCACAUCCACAGGAAGAAGUCUCAGCAAGUGUAUGCGUCUCCCAGUAAACACGCCAUGGACAGUAAAGGGGAGGAGUCUAAGAUGAGCUACCCCAACAUCUUCUUCAUGAUUGACAACUUUGAGGAGGUGUUCUGUGACAUGACGGUAGGAGAGGGGGAGAUGAUGUGUGUGGAGUUGGUAGCCAGUGAUAAGAGCAACACCUUCCAAGGAGUCGUCUUCCAAGGUUCCAUCCGCUACGAAGCUCUGAAGAAGGUUUACGACAACAGAGUGAGUGUGGCGGCUAAGAUGGCUCAGCGCAUGUCGUUCGGCUUCUAUAAGUACAACAACAUGGAGUUUGUCAGGAUGAAGGGGCCGCAGGGCAAAGGUCACGCUGAGAUGGCGGUGAGCCGGGUCCCGACCGGAGACACGUCCCCCUGCGGCACAGAGGAGGACCUGGACUCACCCCUACACGAGAGGGUGACGUCGUUCAGCACCCCUCCCACCCCGGAGAGGAACCGCCCCUCGUUCUUCUCCCCUUCUCUCCGUCGGAAGGUCCCCAGGAACCGUAUCACUGAGAUGAAGAAGAGUCACUCAGCCAACGAUAGUGAAGAGUUCUUCAGGGAAGAAGAUGACGAGGACCUGUGUAACCAGUCCAACCUGCGGUCCCGCUCCCUGUCGGGUACAGGUCGGUCCCUGGUGGGAUCUUGGCUCAAACUGAACCGUACGGAGGAGUACUUCCUGCUUUACUCCCACCUGACCUACGUCACCCUGCCGCUGCAUCGCAUCACCUCAGAUAUCCUGGAGGUGAGACAGAAGCCCAUCCUGAUGACAUAGCAGAUCAGUCCUCC